GUGCGUUUGAUUGGGUAUUGCGUAGAGGGCUCUCUUUUUCUAGUCUAUGAAUUUAUAGAGAAUGGCAAUUUAAGUGAACAUUUACAUGGAGGUGGGGAGGGACCCCUGCCAUGGUCUACAAGGGUGCAAAUUGCCCUUGAUUCAGCGAGAGGACUUGAAUAUAUUCAUGAGCAUACUGUUCCUGUCUAUAUCCAUCGUGAUAUCAAAUCAGCAAAUAUACUGAUAGACAAAAACUAUCGCGGCAAGGUUGCAGAUUUUGGUUUAACAAAGCUGGCUGAAGUAGGGAGUACUUCGUUGCCCACACGUCUUGUGGGUACAUUUGGAUACAUGCCACCAGAAUAUGCUCAAUAUGGUGAUGUUUCUCCUAAAAUAGAUGUAUAUGCUUUUGGAGUCGUCCUCUAUGAACUUAUUUCAGCCAAGGAAGCCAUAGUCAAGGCAAGUGAAUCUAUGCCUGAAUCAAGGGGCCUCGUUGGUUUGUUUGAUGAAGUUCUUACUCAGCCUGAUCCGGGAGUUGACCUUCCCAAGCUAGUUGACCCUAGGCUUGGAGAUAACUACCCCCUUGAUUCAGUUCGCAAGAUGGCUCAGCUUGCUAAAGCUUGCACGCAAGAGAAUCCUCAACUCCGGCCCAGCAUGAGGUCUAUUGUGGUGGCGCUAAUGACUCUUUCGUCCACGACAGAAGAUUGGGAUAUUGGGGCAUUCUAUGAAAACCAAACUCUAGUGAAUCUAAUGUCUGGGAGGUAGAGGAAGUGCCCGGUUGUGCUCAUAGAGUUGUUAACCAAAUCAAACCAAACCAAACUAAAUCAAACCUUAAGUCGCAUCAAAUGGGAUCGGUUACAUAAAUUUUUUUUUCCAGUUGAUUUUAUUGAAGGUCAUAUCGUUAGUCAAAUUAAAAAGAUUUAUAUUUUUAUUUACUAUACUAGUUCAUGUCAAUUUAGGUCUGCCAUUUUUCCUAACUCUUUCGUCUACUGUGAAUGAUAGUUUGAAGAUUUUAGAGGUGCACAAAUAAUUUGUAAACGUGUGAUUUUUGUUUGUAUGUAUUAUAUUCAUUGGUACAUGAGAGGGCAUGUAAGGAACGGAGAAGAUAAACCUUAAUUUGUUGUAAUGUUAAAAUUCUAAAGUAUGUUAUAGAGGAGUUGCCAAGAUCUUUCAUUUUCUUUAGUUA